CCUUGUUGGUAAAAAUAGCAGGCAAUGUAUACAUGUUAUACAGUGGUGGCAAACAUAGAAUACAGGUAUACAGGUGUGUAAAUAUCGCUCAUCUCAAUUAUAUACACACACAUUUGUUGCGCCUUGGGUGAAAAUACAAACAAAAACCAUGGCCACCGAGGAGCAUCAACGCUUGGCCAACAUUGUGAAAAGCUGCCACGAUAGCUUGAGGCAACUCACCAAAUUAUACGGAGCAGAGCGCGCCUGGCAGGAGCAUACCGGGCCGCACAAUGCUAAAAAGCUGGCUGAAUAUGCGGAUGCAAUGCAGCAACUCGCUGGCAUAUGGGAAUCAAAUACCAACAAGACGGAGCUACAAGCGCGCAGUCGCAUCAAGUGGGCCGUCGACUAUAUAACCAAGUAUUUCUACACCGAGGGCAUCUAUCUGCAGAAGCGCCAGCGGGAGCAGCGUUUGCUGGCGUCUUACAACGAAAUGGCAGAUUCCGAGUGUGCAUACAUGGAUGAGCCGCCGGACAGAGUACGUCUGCUGGAUGUGGGCAGCUGCUUCAAUCCGUUUGGCAAUAUACCGCACCUGGAGGUGACAGCCAUUGAUCUCUGCCCGGCACCGGGCGCUCAUGUGCUGCAGGGCGACUUUCUGACUGUGGACUUAGAUGCCACUCUAAAGGAACCGGAGAUAAACAAUCAGAGUGUGAAAAAGUUACCUGCUGGCUACUACCACUGCGUCAUAUUCAGUCUCCUACUGGAGUAUAUGCCCAGUGCCGAGCAGCGUCUGCUUUGCUGCCAGAAGGCCUACGAGCUGUUGGGUCCCGAGGGCAUAUUAGUCAUCAUCACGCCCGAUUCACAGCAUGUGGGCAAAAAUGCCAGCAUAAUGAAGAACUGGCGCUUUGCUCUGGCCAAGCUGGGUCUGUUGCGCGUUCGCUUCGAGAAGCUGCCGCACAUCACGUGCAUGGUCUUCCGCCGGGCUAUCAGUCAGCAUCUGUCCCAGCACUGGGCCAGCGUGCACCGAGAGGAGGGCAUUUGUGAGACAAUCCGCAUUCCACAGGAUGAGCAUUAGUUUAAAUAAUAGAUGUCUUAUAUGCAAACUGUUAUCUAUGGAUGUACUUGUAUGAAGUAUAUUUAUGAGUUCCUUCUUUCAUCU